UAGCAGGGUAGCACCAGUUUACAGAGCGCUGAUUGUCGAAAGAAUACAGAAAGUUGCACCGCAUGCGUACACGGCGCGACAGCUGAAAACAAUCGUUUUUAGGUUGUAAGUUGUAACUGUGAGCGUUAAUCUGCCUCCAUUGCAAUGGAUUCCGAAUUUCUGCCAGAUGGUCGUCUCUUAGACAUCGUAGACGAAGCUUGGCGAAAAGAGAAACUACCACAUGAUGACAUUGCUGUUCCUCAGCAUGAACUUCCUGAUGUGUUUGCUGACGACGGCAUGUCAGCAGAAACAAUCAAAGAACAAGAACAGAAGUGGACGGAUAUGGCCUUGCAGAACCUGCAGGAUUCCCAGGGAACGACCCAUUCAUCAUGAUGGAGCAGGUGCAUGUGACAGCCAAAAACACCUGUGCGGGUAUGGCUGGAAAGUUUGGUCAGCAUCUCUGAGACAUUUUGAGGACAAGAGUCAUCCCUGUGCCUGCUCCGUCUUCCAUCCGUAUUGCUUGUCGUUCAGAAUGGUAAACAAUUUGCCAAGUUGGCUUUCAGGACGAUGAAGGGGAACAUUCAGAAAGCUUGCAGAAUUGAAUUGGCUUCGAGAAGGAACCUGGCUAAGAUUGACUCCAGACUAGUUUGAACCAAGACUUAAAGGGAAUGUACAACAUUUGCUUUUGCUGCAAUUUUCAGAAAUAUAUGGAUUUGC